AUGAAUUUCUUCAAUCACAAACUCUUGAGCUCGGCGACCAUCAUCGUCAACACCACCUCUGGAUUUAGCAUAUAUCUGCGCUACUUCACUGACGUGGCCACAGAUGGCCUUGAAGAUUCCCUUUCCUUUGAUCCCUUAAAGGGUAGCUCAAAGGUCUACGGUGGAUAUGGCAGAUCAAUGUACAAUCAACUUUCUUGCUUCAGUGGCGGGUCCCAUAUAUCGCGAACGAAUAGUUACAACGACAUUCUGGUCGACUAUGACCACAUUUCCUCUAAUCACAUCUCCCACCAUUCCAAGUUGGUGAGAAGUACUACUGCGUCUAUCGCAGACGAAGGUGGCCACCGCAGGUACCUGAUUGUCGAGGAGGCGGCGCGCCUUUCAGAGCACGAGUUUGCGCCCUUCUUGGUCGCCCCUUUCGACAAGAUCAUUCUACUCGGGGAUAUCCUCCAGCUCCCGCCCCUCAUCCAGGACCUGACAAUCGCGAGCUCCGGGGCCCUCGACUGGUCUGUCUUCCACCGCAUUUGCUACUCUCCGCGGGUCAGCGUGCCGAUUGUGGUCCUGGAAGAACAGUCACGAACGUUCCAGGAAUCGUUCUAG